AUGCUCCCUCGCACACCAAUCCUUUCGCUGUUGCGGAACGCAGCAAAGCCCGUGACUGCGCCAACUCCAGCGCGGUACUUCUCGACCUCCCCAGCUCUUAAGAAUACGGGCUCGACACUGCCGGCUAAAAAGCCUGUUGGAGCUUUCCGCGGGGGGGUGCUGGGCUUCCUUGCUGGGUCUGUGACUGCUGGAACGCUUGUUUAUUAUUACAUCUUGCAAGAGUAUCGGACGGCUAAUGAGAUGCUGUCGGAAGAUAUUUAUGUAUGUUCUCCCCUUUCCUUGUUCCUCCGGGGAAGUGCUUUCUCGCACUCUCCCUACCCUGAGAGAGGAUGCCCUGUCUUUUGGAGUACGGACGGCUUCUCUUUUUAA